AUGGAUGGACAAACUCAAAGAAUUCAGCUUGUAUCAGCAGAUGGCAAUUUGGCUUUGGGACACAGAAUUCAGAUUGUGACGGAUCAGCAAACGGGACAAAAGAUCCAGAUUGUCACUGCCCUGGAAGCACCUUCUCCCGGAAAGCAGCAAUAUAUUCUUGCAAAUGCAGAUUAUUCAUCAAGUGGAAAAGUCCUUGUGAAGCAGGAAGGGUCCCCGAACAAGGUCAUCCUUGCUUCCCCAGACAGCUCUGGGGUUAACCAGCUGUUAUUUGCUUCUCCUGAUUUGGCAGGGCAACAAAUUCAGUUUGUGACUGAUGGGUCGGACCAGUCUCUCAUAAAGCCUGUUGUUGAGUACUGCGUUGUCUGUGGGGACAAGGCAUCAGGGCGCCAUUAUGGAGCAGUCAGCUGUGAGGGCUGUAAGGGAUUCUUCAAACGCAGCAUUAGAAAGAAUUUGGUGUACACAUGUCGAGGCUCUGGCGAAUGUGCCAUCAACAAGCUUCACAGAAAUCGUUGCCAAUACUGUCGACUGCAGCGAUGCAUUGCUCUGGGCAUGAAGCAGGACUCUGUGCAGUGUGAGAGAAAACCUGUUGAAGUCACACGUGAGAAAUCGAUGAACUGUGCAGCAUCCACUGAGAAGAUCUACAUCCGAAAGAAUCUGUUUAGUCCACUGGCUGCCACUCCAACUUUUGCUUCUGACAAAGAAACUAGUACAAAUGGCAGACGAUCUAAUGGCAGGUCUGGCAGUUUGCUCGAGUCCAGCAUGUUACUCAACAUCCAACAUCCAUUUCCAAAGCUGGAAAAUUCAAUUUAUAUUCCAAAAUCUCCAGAUGAGGAUGAUCCAUCACAAGGAGACCUUGGGACUCUUGCAAAUGUGGUGACAUCUCUGGCUCACCUCGAUAAGACACGGGAGGAAAGUGAAGGUGGCAACGACCUGAUGGGGAUUGAGACCCUCAGCAAUGGUGACAGUUCAAUCACAGAUCUUCAGGGAGAUGAACAAAACACAAGUGACAUCACACGAGCGUUUGAUACCCUGGCUAAAGUCCUCCAUCCAAAUGAGGGAUCAGCAGCCGACACUUUGGAGGCGACGAUGCAGUUAAUGGCAGGAGAUCAGUCGGGCCCUGUCAUAGAGCUGAGCGGGCCUCUUCUCUGCGACAGCCACAUCCCCUUUAAACUUAUGAUGCCUUUACCUGUGCCAGAGUUUCUCAACGUCAACUACAUUUGCGAGUCGGCGUCACGGCUCCUGUUUCUUUCUAUGCAUUGGGCUCGCUCCAUAACGGCAUUUCAAGCUCUCAGUGGGCAUGACAAUGAUAUUAACCUGAUGAAAGCUUGUUGGAAUGAGCUGUUUGCCCUCGGGUUGGCACAGUGCUCCAACGUUAUGAAUGUUGGGACCAUCCUAAGUGCAAUUAUCAACCAUCUGCAGACAAGCUUACAGGAAGAUAAAUUGUCUCCAGAACGAGUCAAAAUCGUGAUGGAGCACAUCUGGCGGAUGCAGGAGUUUUGCAAUAGCAUGUCUAAGCUGGCACCUGACUCUUAUGAAUAUGCCUACCUCAAAGCCAUUGUUCUUUUUAGUCCUGACCAUCCAGGCAUUGACAACAUUUCACAGAUACAGUUUUUCCAAGAGCAGGCCUACACCGAACUACAGGACUAUGUCACUAGGACCUACCCCGAAGACUGUUAUCGGUUGUCCAAGCUGUUGCUGCGUCUCCCUGCCCUGCGGCUCAUCAGUGCAUCUGUCACAGAGGAGCUGUUUUUUGCUGGACUCAUUGGAAACGUACAGAUCGACAGCAUCAUCCCGUACAUCCUCAAAAUGGAGUCCACAGAUUAUAACAGUCAAACUGCUUCUGGCCUCUGA